GUCAAUCAUGUUUUCCAAACUCACCCGCCCUCAGAGCAUUGCUGUUCUGUAUCGAGGUGUACACUCGUCACUAAGUUCUGCUACCUCAGUUGCUACUAAAAAAAUCAUUCAAGGACCUCCAUCCUCUGAUUUCAUAUUUGAACGCGAGGCUAAGUAUGGUGCCCACAAUUAUCACCCACUACCUGUUGCUCUGGAAAAAGGAAAAGGUGUUUAUGUGUGGGAUGUUGAAGGUAGAAAGUAUUUUGACUUUCUGAGUGCUUACAGUGCUGUUAAUCAAGGCCACUGUCACCCAAAGAUCGUGAACGCUCUGAAAGCUCAGUCUGAAAAACUGACUCUUACAUCCAGAGCAUUCUACAAUGAUGUGCUUGGGGAAUAUGAGGAGUUUAUCACCAAAAUGUUCAAUUAUAACAAAGUUCUUCCCAUGAACACUGGAGUGGAAGCUGGAGAAACUGCCUGUAAAUUGGCUCGGAAGUGGGCGUACACUGUGAAGGGGGUUCCAAAGUACAAAGCAAAAAUCAUUUUUGCAG